CGACAAAAGGCACCGACAUAGCUCGGCAACUCACCAACGACCCGAAGAGCCAUACAUUCUACGUAUACAUACGCAAACCGACAGCCGGACUGAGCCUGCCCGCCUGCUGUUCGCUCCGCCGCCACGGACAAUGCCGAUGCACCCGCCACCACUCAUAGAACAAGCAGCAGCAGCAGGGGCACGCGCGGGCGGGUUCAACACACCGAUAGAAAAACAGACAUCCCCGCUCAACACUACGUAGACAUACACGACAUUAGCUCAUCUGACAAUGACGGCCGCCAAGACGCCUUCCGAAUGGUGGGAGUCGCUUCGGAUAGAUAGAGACCGGGGAGCCACGGCGCGGACGCUGAUGCAGAAACAUAAGGAGGCGACGACAAGCCUGUCGACGGAUCGGUAUCGUCACGACCCCUUUUUGCUGGAGAUAUGGCUGGACUAUAUCCAUCUGCAAAGGACGACAGCGGAAGACCAUAGCGUAAUACGAGACCAGUUCAAACUGCUCAAAUCAGGGCGGGUCGGCGCCGGGAGUGCCAAGUUCUACACCUCGUGGGCCGAGUUUGAGCGUGCUGCAGGAUAUAUCGACCGCGCGAAACACGUGCUGCUGACUGGGAUCAGCCAGAAAGCGCAUCCGAUGGAAGAGAUGAGGACACUGAUGGCUGAAAUGUCAGGCGCAAACACGAUGGAAAAGGUUUCGGCGCGGGUGGCGUCAGGAGGGGGACGGGCCGGUGCAGGAGCAUCAGCAGCGGCAGCAUUGGCGCCAAUCUCGAAAUCCGUCACAGCAGAGCGACGACGGGAGGACGCGCGCGGGCAAGCAGCACAGGAGUCGAAGAACGACUCGGUUCCCGACGCCCAAGCAUCGAUAACAGAAUCGAGCAUCGACAAAUACUCGUUUGAUGAAGGCAGCCCGAACAGCCAGGGCACUUCGGCGUCGGGAUCUAGCAGCGUGUCUCCUUCGGAGCAGAUGGCGAAGCAGAGUGCGAGGCGGCCCAUCACGCGGUUAAGAUUGUUGGGGAAGAUGGGCCCGCCGGGACGCGUCUCGGUUGCGAGAUCGGAUGAUAACACGUCAAGUACCCUUAUGGAUGUGUCGUAUUUGGCUGAAGAACUACCCAUUUCCUCUCCCACAGAGAUUCCUGAUGUCGCACCAGUCAUCAACGCACCGCCGCUCUCAGAACGCAAACCACCAUAUUCCGUUGACAUCGAACCUCCUAGCUCCGCUUACAAAGACAAAGAAAACAUCCCGGUCAAUGGGCCACCGCUACCCACCGUCCAAGAACAGCCCGCCACAAUCAUACCGGUCGCGCCCAUCCACACCCAGUACGGUGCUGCUACGCCUCUCGCUUCAGCAUCCCUUCGAGCACCAGCAGGAUCGACCAAACCACCACAUAUAGAAACCAGUAUUUCGAAACAGGCGUGGAGUCAGGCUACGCCGUCUCUCACUGCGCGGCCGUUUCUCCGUCGCGCGCUGUCGACCGCGAGUGAUCAACAACAGCCUCAUAUGAGUGUACCGAGGUCUGCGAUGCAGCGGCCGGACGGGAGCUAUUUGACCGGCGGUGAGCGUAACCCGGUUGCUGCCACACCACUACCGAACCAAAACACGUAUCCACAGCAAGACACUUACGGUUCUACGCCCACAAUCAUGCCCCGAACCGCGCACCAACGGCAACAGUGGCAUCACCCUGUCGAUUUCCAAGCGACAGGACAAAAGGACAAAUCAAACGUCGCCGUCAACGGGGUCGUAUACAAGAAGCUCGAACUCAUCGGCCGCGGCGGCAGCAGCAAAGUCUACAAGAUCAUGGCGGAGGACAAAAAACUCUACGCCCUUAAAAAAGUAAAACUCCGCGGGCAAGAAGACAGCGCGAUCGAAGGCUACCUCAACGAGAUCGCCCUCCUGAAGCGGCUCAGCAGCAACGAACGCAUCAUCCGCCUCAUCGACUCGGAACUGAACGAACCGGAGGGGCAUAUGCUCAUGGUGCUGGAGUACGGCGAGAUCGACCUCGCGCACAUGCUGCAGAAGGAGCAGAAUGGAGCAUCCGAGGGGCCCCGACUGAGCCUGAAUUUCGUGCGAAUGUACUGGGAACAGAUGCUCCGCGCCGUGCACGCCAUCCACGAGGAGAACAUCAUCCACUCGGACCUCAAACCCGCUAACUUUCUUCUGGUUGAAGGAUCCCUUAAGUUGAUCGAUUUCGGGAUCGCGAAAUCGAUACCCAACGACACGACGAAUAUCCAGCGGGACCACCAGACGGGCACGAUCAAUUACAUGGCGCCGGAGGCGAUCGCGUUUGCGGACCAGACGACGACCAGUUUCCCCGUCCACGGGGGCAGCAGCAACAACACCACUAAACGGCAGUAUCUGAAACUCGGCCGCUCCUCGGACGUCUGGUCGCUCGGCUGCAUCCUGUACCAACUCGUCUACGGCCGGCCACCCUUUGCGCAUCUACCCGUGAUGAAGAAGCUGCAGUGUAUCGUCGACCCGGGGUAUGAGAUUGGGUACGAGGAGUGCGGCGACGCCACGGUUGUGGAGGAUCUGAAAUCUUGUUUGAGGAGGGAUCCGAGGAUGAGGGGGACGAUUCCGGGACUGCUUGCGGGGAGGUUUUUGAACCCCGGUAGAGGCGAGGACGGUGGGGGAGGAGGGAUACAGGUGUCUAACUUCCCGUCGUUGACUCCGGAUUUGCUGACGCAGAUUGUGCGGCAGGUGCUUGAUAUCGGGGGUACGUGGGAUACGGCACAGGGAGGUGUGGGGGAUGUGGAGCAGAUUGCGAGGGAGAUUUAUCGACAGGUUGGGCUGGGUGGUGGGGGUGGUGGUGCGGGGGCCGUGCAGUUGGAUUUGAGACGAUUUCAGCGGCGGGGGAGGCGGUCGUGAGUAAGCUGGGGAUGUGCGGACUUUUGUGUCUUUUUCGGUGCGCUGAGAAGGAGUAUCUCGGUGGCCGAAUGCUGAAGCUGGACGCGCUCCCGGCCGG